AGAAGAAAAUAUAGUAGUUCUUUGUUUCGUCAUCGGUUUUUAACAAUUUUUGAACAUUUAACUUGUGUAUUUGUGGUGAAAAAUAUGAAAUAUYGGUAGUAGAACAAGUAAAUAAUAAUAAUUCAUUAAAUAUUUAUGUGAAAAACAUAAGCGACGUAUGAAAAAAACACACUUUCGUAUGUGCUGCAGUUGGAUAUGGAAAAUAGAAAAAAACUUACAUUGCAUUUGGUGAAUAUGGAAAAAAGAGAAGUAGAUGAAAGCGUAUGAAAUAAAGAAGCAAUGAAAUUUAGCAUUGUAAUUUGUGUUGGCGCAUUACUUAGGUAAACAACAAUCUCAAAUAAUAGCUAUCAAAUACGCGACAAAAAGCAUAUGUACAUCAAAGAAAAACGUACAUUUAUUUUGUGAAGCAGGCGAUACCGCUCAGAGCAGCUGCUAAAGCAGAGGUAAGAGCAACUAACUCGGCUGAGCAGAGAGACAAACAAUUAAAAGCUUGCAGACCUGAGAAUUAACGAGAGCGUUUUAGCGCGACGAGAGUGUUUUGUUGACGUGCGUGUAAGUAAAGAGACUCAAAAUUGAUAGAAAUAACAAGAAGGCUGCUGCAACUGGUACCUCUUCCGAGGACCAGCCGCCGCGCAAAAAAGGACGACGUUCAGCAGCAGGAUCAUCGGCAGCAGCCGCAGCGGGAGCUUCGAUAACGACGACCGGAUCCGCAGCAGCAGUAACUGAUACAAGUGGAAGUAGUAGUCUCAGUACGAUUGCGUCUAUUGACGCAGACACAGCGUCGACUUCACGAGCGGCACAACAGCAGCAAUCAAAUCAAAAUCAAAAUAUUCGUGAGAAACAAAAUAGAGGUGAACCAAAAAGUAAUAGUUGCGUAAACAUCGAAACAACAGAGAAUUUACAAGAAAAUACAAUAGGAAACACUUCGAUUAGCAGUGAUAGUAUUGUAAGCGUCGUCAGUGGCGCMGUCGUUGACCGUAACAUUGAAGUACUUGAAAAUAAUAUUAAUAGUAAUAGUGGUAGCAUAACAACAAAUAUGCAAAACUCAACACUGAAUCCUACAUUAUCGAGCACAUCCUCAUCUGGAUCGGGUUCGGUUGCGGGCUCCGCAUCAGUGUCCGCGUCUGGUGGGCCUUCGGUUGGCACUUCAUCUGCAGCAAAUUCGGCAAAUGAUGAAGUUGGUAGUACAGUGGGGCAUAUUGGUGACUCGCUAGCUAAUAUACCUAGUUCUGUAAAUUCAUCAACGUCAACAUCAAAUGGACACGACACAAAACACAAUGGAUUUACCGGUACCAAUGAGAGUGGCACUGAGGACCUACAAAACAAUCACGAUCAAUCAAUCGUGUCUAUUGCCAAUCAUAAUUUGCAUUUGGACAAGUCUAAUCAGGAGAUAAUACGUUUGAUUGGCCAAUAUUUGCAGGAUAUAGGAUUAGAGAAAUCGGUAAAGACCUUAAUGGCAGAAUCCGGUUGUUACUUGGAACAUCCAGCUGCAUCGAAAUUUAGAGAACAUGUCUUGUCUGGAGAGUGGAACAAAGCUGACGUUGAUUUAAAGGAACUUGAACCACUCAUUGACAAUGGCAAACCAUCGACUAUCAUCGAAAUGAAAUUUUUACUAUUAGAACAGAAGUACUUGGAAUUUUUAGAUGAUGGCUGUCCAUUGGAUGCUUUGCAUGUGCUACGUAAUGAACUUACACCGCUACAGCACAACACUUCACGUGUUCACCAACUUUCCUCAUAUAUGAUGUGUUCGAAUAAUCAUGAUCUCUAUCAACGCGCCAAAUGGGAGGGCAAAGGCAUAUUAUCACGUGCUGUGGUUAUGGACCGUCUACAGGCAUUCCUACCACCAACAGUAAUGAUGCCACCACGCCGUUUACGCCACUUACUCCAGCAGGCUGUAGAAUUACAAUCGGAACAUUGCGAUUUUCAUGACAUGGCGUUUAAAACAAAUUUACAAAAUAUCUCAUUGCUCACUGAUCACACCUGUGACACAGAUGGUUUUCCUAUGCAAACUAUACAGGUGCUCACCGAUCAUUGUGAUGAGGUUUGGUAUUGUAAAUUCUCCCCAGAUGGCCUUAAACUUGCUACAGGUAGUAAGGACUCUAGCGUUAUCAUUUGGGAUGUGGAUCCAUAUAAGUUGACACUAAAGCAUCGUCGCAUAUUGGAAACGCAAUCCAAUAUAAGCGUGGCUUUUGUUAGCUGGAGUCCAGAUUCGAAAUUGUUAUUGGUGGGUGGACCUGAUGACACACCCGAAAUAAGCAUAUGGAAUGUGGACGAUGGCAAAUUAAUUCUGAAAAUGUCGCAAUCAGUAGAUGAUAGUCUGUCAUGUGGUGCUUUCAGUCGUGAUGGUAGUCGCUUCGUUUGUGGCGGCCAAAAGGGGCAAUUCUACUUGUGCGAUUUGAGUGGAUCAAUUCUUAAUACUUGGGAAGGCGUACGGAUUAAUAGCGUUGCCUACCGCGCUGAUAAUAAGACUAUAAUAGCAUCAGACAAUCACUAUCGUAUCAGAGGCUACAACUUCGAAGACCCCGGUACAGAUUUCGAUAUUCUCAAAGAACCGCAUCCGAUAAUGACAUUUACCGUAAAUUCUGCCGAUCGUCUGGCCUUGCUUAACAUUUCCAGCCAAGGACUACAUUUAUGGGAUUUGGAAGACAAGUGCUUAGUACGUCGGUUUCAGGGCAUACGUCAAAGCAAAUUCGCCAUACAUUCAUGCUUUGGUGGGGUAAAUGAGAGUUUUGUGGCGAGUGGUAGCGAAGAUAAACUGGUUUGUAUUUGGCAUAUAAAGCGCGAGGAGCCGUUGGGCAAACUGGCAGGUCAUACAAAAACAGUAAAUUGUGUCUCCUGGAAUCCUAUGUUUCCGUCCCUCUUGGCAUCAGCUAGUGACGAUGCCACCGUACGUAUUUGGGGCCCGAAAUCGCACAGUGCCAACGCCACACCCGAAAGUGAUGACUGUUCGUCUUGUUCAUCAUCAUCGUCAUGGAAUAUGACAUCGUAAUUUAGCACACUUACGCAUUACGCAUAUACACACCAUAAAAGCGGUAAUCAAUAGAAAAAGCACACUAUUAUCGCUAUAGCCACUUAGAUAAAACAACUAAAAUAGCAAUAAAUAGUAAUAAUAAUCUAUAAAGAAGGUUAAUGGACAAAACAAAACAAAAACUAAUUGGAAAUUAACAGGCAAGCAGCAACUAUCAUUUAAAAAUAAAACUAUUAUAAGAAAAUAAAAUAUUUAUAUGAAAUUUAUUGAAAAACUACAAAAAUAAAAGGGUGCGUAAAGUGCUGCACUUUUCGAAAUUGACUUCGAAAAAAAUGCUUGGCUAAAUAUCGCCAUAUUUAAUGGCUAGAUUAAGCGAGUUGAUGGGGGCAUGUCCGUUAAAUAAUUUCGCCAUUAGAUUUUAAGACAGGCAAAACAAAAAGAGCCCGAUGUGCCCAUUGUUUCUUUUCAAAUAUUAACUUUCUAAAUGUAAGGGCCACAAAUAAAAUGCAUACAGUUAUACAAAAUGUAUGUUACAAGCAAAUAAUAGCAAGAAAUAAUUGUAACAGAGAGUUCGCUACAAAAAUUAAAUAUUUAUGAAAAAUAUAAGCCUGAAAGCAAA